CCCAAAGGCCCAAAACAAAAAUCUGAGUAAAUAAUACGGAGACGGAGACUUUGACAUCGACGGCUAGAACUCGCCAAGGAAGAAGCAACUUAGAAACGCCGACACGCCUGAUUCGCAGACCGGGGACCGCCUACCGGCUACCGCCGACGCUUGGCAGCCUGCCGCCCUGCCCCUUCUCGCCCUUGUCUGAAAUCGGAAUCUCAGCUUGACGGCUUCUCAGUCCAGGCGUCCAGCUGCAGCACACAGCGCUCAGCCACUCAGGGUCUCAGGCUUCAGAAAAACAGUUCGCCGCGAAGAAAAAUAGUUCCGACGAUGGCAAUGUAUAUGAGACGGGCACUAUUGUCGUAUCGUACAGUAUCAAUCAUCUUCCGUUCCACAACUUCUCAGACACACCAGCUCUGUUCCGUGGUUGAUGGCACUUCUGCUAACCUCCUCUGCUGCUCUGCCACCUCAGGCGUCAUCCCUUACUUUCCAGCAGUGGCUCAUCUACUCGGAAUCUCAAGAGGCUUCGCCAAAGGAAGAAAUACUUUGAAGGAAGAGAUAAACACUGAAGAGAGCACUGCAGGAUUUAUUAAUGUUGGUCCAUCAAUUAAGGCUACUGCGAUCUCACAGAUGGAGGCAGCAAUAGAGGCAUUGUCUCGAGAAUUGACCAAAUUGCGAACUGGACGAGCAUCAAUUGGAAUGCUUGAUCAUAUUGUAGUGGAAAGUGGAGGGGUAACAAUGCCUUUUAGUAGGAUGGCUGCAGUUUCAGCCUUGGAUGCAAAAACUCUGUCUGUUACUCCUUAUGAUCCAAAUACCUUAAAAGAUUUGGAGAAAGCUAUCAUUUCUUCUCCAUUGGGAUUAAAUCCCAAGGUGGAGAAUGAGAGGUUACUUGUUCCUAUACCUCCGCUGACAAAAGAACAUAUGCAGGCUGUGUGCAAGGUAGUAGCUAAAUCAUCCGAAGAUGUUAAACAGAGUGUAAGAAGAGCCCGCCAGAAGGCACUGGACACUUUAAAGAAAUACACACCCAAAAAGAAGGACAAAGACAAGUCAGGCUCAACUUUCUCAGUAGAUGAUGCAAAAAGAUUGGAAAAGGAAAUCGAUGACUUGACUAAGAAGUUUAUAAAGACAGCAGAAGAUAUGUGUAAAGCAAAGGAAAAGGAAAUUAGCAGUGGCUGAACCUAAAGAAAGUUUUUGGACAUGAAACCAAAGAUUGUAUUGUUAGUUGGAACUAUUGUUCCCAGCUCAGGAAAUCACUGUCACAAUUAGGACCAUCUCAUUAUUUUUUGAGGCCCCAGCGCUAACCAAUGCACAGAGGUUCCUUUCCAACAUUUAAUUGAAAAGCCAAUGGGGGCAAAACUCCAAUUGUAAAUCUUUAAGUUGAUUUAAAGGGAGUGAUCUCAUGUUCUAAUC